CAGAUCGUCAAUCUACUUUACCACGUUGCCUAUAAAUUAAUAUCGAGAGCCGUACACGCGUGAAAACUCCCAUUACUUGCUUUUCCGAGAUCAGAGCACAAAUUUGAAUUCAGAGAAGCCAGAGAAGUUUUCGAAGAAGAGAGAGAGAGAAGAUGGCUCGUACCAAGCAAACAGCUCGUAAGUCUACUGGAGGAAAGGCCCCUAGGAAGCAGCUUGCUACUAAGGCUGCACGUAAGUCUGCCCCAACCACUGGUGGAGUCAAGAAGCCCCAUCGUUACCGUCCAGGAACUGUUGCACUUCGUGAAAUCCGUAAGUACCAGAAGAGUACUGAGUUGCUGAUCAGGAAGCUCCCAUUCCAGAGGCUUGUCCGUGAGAUUGCCCAAGAUUUCAAGACUGAUCUGCGUUUCCAGAGCCAUGCUGUGCUUGCACUUCAGGAGGCUGCAGAAGCGUAUCUUGUGGGUCUGUUUGAGGACACAAACCUGUGCGCCAUUCAUGCCAAGCGUGUCACCAUCAUGCCUAAGGACAUCCAACUCGCUCGCAGGAUCAGAGGAGAACGUGCUUAAGUGUGUUGGUGUUGGGGAUAUGUGAAUGUGGGUUGGUUCUACUAAAUAGAUAGUUGGAAUUAGAUAAUGCUUUAAAAGCUUUUGGUUUUAGGAGACUUUGAAAACUAUGAUGACGGUUUGUUUCUUCUUGUCUAGUCGUUUUUAUGAUUUGCGUUGUGUUUAGAUCUCUACGUUUUGUGGUGGGUAUUGUUGCUUCUUUGGCAAUAUUAAACACCUUUUGUUGUUGAAUUUCAAUUUUAAAAACACUGAAUAUGUUGAUGUUUCUUGACUUUGUUUUCAUUUGAUUCUAUUUGUUUAAGAGUAUAUGAUUUGAAUCUA